UGGGUUGUCAUGGACUGCGUGCUGCCCGUGUACCUGUGUGCACGGCGAGUGUUCUGUAGCAGAAAUGGCACGUUAGCAGUGUGUGUGUGUGGUCAUGUUUAGCGCAGCUGUAAGAGUGCUUUACAUGAGUAUGUCAAGUUCACGAAGCCCGAGGAGACGGCAGGACACCAGCGACGAGUGCCGCUAACCGUUUACUCAACUGUACAGCUAGCAGGACGACAGCCAUGGCUGAGGCCGGAGCCCACCUGACCUCCACCGCUCUGAACGAGCAGCCGUCCAUCUUUGAGGUGGUGGCACAGGAGUCACUGAUGGAGGCAGUCAGACCAGCGUUGAGACACGCUGUCAAGGUUCUGGCUGAGUCCAACCCGUCCCGUUUUGGCUUCCUGUGGCGAAGCUUCGAUGAGCUCUACCUGCUGCUGGACCUCCUCCUCCAGAACCACUUCCUGUCUCACUGCAGCGCCUCGUUCUCUGAGAACUUCUACAGCCUGAAAAGGGUGACAGCAGGGCAAAGACCUCCAGCUCUCCUGGGGCUGCACAGGAAGUCACACUGGCGCUCUCUUCUUCUUCUGUGCCUGGUGCCUUACCUGAAGGCCAAGCUGGAGGCAACACUGGUUCAACAGAGGGAUGAGGAGGACUUCUCUAUCCGGCUUGCACAAACCAAGCGCCAGAAGCUGUACCGAGCAGCCAUGGCAGCGUAUCCCUACGUUAACUCAGCCUGGCAUGCCUGGGUCUUCAUUCAGCAGCUGCUCUUUGUCUUCGGAGUUGUCAGGACCCACAGUCCUCUGCUGUGGUUGGCCAGGGUCAGACUGGCAAGACUUAAUGCUCAAGAUAUCAGACACAUGGAGCUGAGGAGCAGCAGAACUGGCAACCCAGCUGAGGGGAGCCUGGUGCAGAGAGCAUUGUGGCUGAUGUCACAAGGAGCUCGGGGCGUGGCCUUGUCCCUGUCCUCGUCUCUGUCUCUGGGCGUCUUUUUCCUGCAGUUCCUUGAGUGGUGGUACUCCUCAGACAACCAGAACACGGUGAAGACCCUCACCUCCCUGCCUGCUCCUCCACCCCCGGUCCAUCUGCAGCAGGAGCACAGUGGCCAGGACUCUUCACCCGUCUCAUCCAGUAAAGCCGAAGACACGCAGCUCAGCUCCGACCGCACAAAAUGCCCGCUGUGCCGGAGGCUUCGCACAAACGCCACGGUGCUGUCCACCUCUGGCUUCGUCUUUUGUUACCGCUGCAUCUAUAUGUAUGUAAAAGCCAACCGCCGCUGCCCGCUCACCAGCUACCCCACUGAUCUGCAACACCUCAUCAAGAUCUACUCGCCAGAGAGCUAGACCACAUCAGACGAUGACACUCUCCAGUUCAGAUCCAACAUGUGUGGAGUUACAGACUGCAAACUUUCAGGUUGUCUCAUUAGAGGUCUCGCUCAUAGCCGAGUACUGAGGAGCUCUCUGAGGUGAAAUACUGUGUUUUUGUUGAGCACAUUUUGUUUUCCUUUGUACAACAUAGGGUUUCUAAUGUACUUGCAGUGUAUUGGUGGCGCUCUAAUCCAGUGGCACUGUGUAAGUGAAAGUUCCUGUAAGUGACAUGAAAAUGGCCAUAAAAGUUUAAGGCAGUAUUGCUUUUAGAAAAUGAUGGACUCAGUACCUGAGUAGAGUCUGUGUGACUCAUUCCCUUUCUACCAUGCUUUCCUGCCUCUUUAGCAUUUCAAAUAAAAGGCAAAAAAACCUGAAUAUAUACAAUAGUUGGCAAUUAAUUUUCUGCCAGUUGAAUUGACUAAUGAACCAGUUGUUUGUGUUGGGGAAUCAAAUUUACAGAAUAUGUGAACUGGUUUAACUGGCAACAGAUAUGUUUUUUUGGGGCAUUGUGGAUCGGACAAAGCAAUGGAUCCAUUACUGCUUUUCAUGUCUCUGUCAGAGACCAGAUAAAUGAGUAAAUUCA